AAUGCAUUCCGCUCAGGCCAUUGGCCAUCACACACUCCACCGCUGCCACACAGAACAGAGGAAGGGCACUGUUUUAAACCUGGUUCAUAUGGAACACGCUUCUGUGGUUAAUAUACCCCACCAACCUGUUUCAUAUGUGGAUAUUGCUUGGAGAGGAGAGGAAGAAGAGGGACGCUGGAGGAGAUUGUGUAAUGUUGAAUAAGUGGAAUAAACACCUACUGUAAAAACACCAUGAUGGAAUUGAGACUCAAUGGGAGUGGAGGAACGAUGACUCUACCUCCAUUACCUGCUGCAGUAAAAGGGCUGAUAGUUUGACUCCAGCCCCUCUUCCCCUCGCUGAGAGGCAGUUGGACUAUGACAAUGAACCACAGGGGUACCCACCCCACUACCGUGAGCUGUCUCCUCACAGAAUGUCCCUGGUGUAUGAGAUGGAGGAGGAGUGCUUGUACACUGAGGAGGCUUUCAUCUGAUGUAUGGAAGCCUCUUGUGCCAUUACUCUGCUUUAGUGCCACCCUUGUGGUCGUGGUGUUAUAUGCCCUGGCAGAUCGGCUCCGCAGCUUUGUAGCUGACAUCUUCAUUCCCCAGUACCACUACCCGUUUGCUGUACCAAUCACCUUUGUACAGGUGCUGGUGACUCUGCUAUACUUGCUGGUCCUCCAUGCCGUGGGCCUGGCACCACUGAAGCCCUACUCUCUGUCUCUGGGAGAGCGCCUGCUGGUGCCCUCUAUCUGUGGGAGUGCCCAGGCUGUGCUGGGUGUGUGGGCAGAGGCCAGUGCCCACUCUGGCAUGUACCCACUCACCAUGGGCCUGCUGCCCCUGCUCUGUGUGGGCUGGAGCCAUGGCCUGCAACUGGCACUACUCCCGUCAGUCCACCUAACGGGCCUUAUCACAGUCAUCACUUUCACCUCUGUCACUAUCACAGUGUCUCAGGGUGUCCCGUCAGUGGAGGUUCUGGAGUAUCUCUACGCCCCACUGGCCCUCCUUCUCCACAGCCUCUCUCUGACCUGGCUGGCCAAGGUGGCUGAGAACGAGCACCGGCGCCACAUCAGCUCCCACACCUCGCCCUUUGACCUGUACUUCACCCUGAUGGUGAACCAGAGCCUGGUGCUGGGCUUCCUGUGUCUGCUGCACCCGGAGGGCCCCCGGGCACUGGGCGAGGGUAGCUGGCAUAGCCUGCUAUUCAUGGGGUACCUGCUGGCCAUACUGCUGCUGGGAGCGCUACAGAAUCUCUUGGUCAACAUGGCCGCUCUGGCCUUCUCACCGCUGGCUGCAGCACUACUACACACAGCACGUGGAUUAACAAGACCUUUGUACAGCCUGUUGUAGAGAUCCAACAUAGAGGAGGAUGAAGUUGAUCGUAGAGACUAAUCAGUCUGAAGUCAGUUUUGCAUUCCUCCUAAUGAUUAAAGGGAGGAUUUGUCAAGGAUAAUCUGAUCCUAGAUCUGUGCCAGGAGCAGGAUACAUAGCUUUACUACAGAGCAGUAUUAUUCACUCUAGGAGCAAGACUUCAACUCCCAUGGUGCAUCGCUUGGGACUUUUACUACGAUUGCAUUUUGUUCCUAACCUUUGGGCUGGAUUGAUUUGAUUGUUAACUUCAACCACACAGGAAUUAUCAGGUGACUUGAAUAAAAUCCAAUCAAGCUUUAUUUAUACAGCACAUUUCAGACAUGGAAUGCAAUGCAAUGUGCAUUACAAGAAAAAAAUUACAAUUAUGGAAAUAAAAGCUGAAAUAUUUACUACACAACAAACAUAAGAUAAAAAAUGAAAGAAUGACACAAACUGAACGACUAAAAUGGGAUUUGGGAUAGUUAAAAGGCCAGUGCCAGAGGAACUGAGGGACCUACUGGGUACAUAACUUAAAAGCAUGUCUGACAUUUUAAACAUGUCUAGCCAUUUUAAACAGCAUGGAUGAGUCACUCUGUUAUCGUCUAUGCAUAGUCACUUUAACUCUACAUAUUACCUCAAUUACCUUGACUAACAAGUGCCCCCGUACAUUGACUCUGUACCGGUACCCCCCUGUAUAUAGUCUCGAAGCAUGUGAUUAAUAUAAUUUGAUUUGACGUGUAUUGGCAUACACAAUCAUGGAUUGAUUUUAAAAAACAAUAAAAUAAUCUUAAAAUUCA